GAAGACGGCGUUUGAUUUCCUCAAGAUUUUCUUGUAUCAACUUGGAAUAUCAUUCACCAGCCAGCCAACCAACUUUAAGGUUAUAAUAAUCAAGCUGCAAGAUUAACACAUAUAAAUACAUAAAGAUCACAGAUGGGGACAAGAUGGAUCUAUGUGGCUAUCCUGGGGAUGGCAUGCAUGAUGUUUGGAGUCAAAGGGACAAAUAUAACAACCAGUAGCCCUCUCAACAUUACAAGCAACCUGAUCAUGACCCCUCCUCCCAAUAUAACCAUGAACAUGACCCACACAAGCCCUCCCAACAUCACCACCAAUCUGAUCAUGACCCCUGCUCCCAAUAUAACCAUGAACAUGACCCACACAAGCCCUCCCAACAUCACCACCAAUCUGAUCAUGACCCCCCCUCCCAAUAUAACCACGAACAUGACCCACACAAGCCCUCCUAACAUCACCACCAAUCUGAUCAUGACCCCCCCUCCCAAUAUAACCACGAACAUGACCCACACAAGCCCUCCUAACAUCACCACCAAUCUGAUCAUGACCCCUCCUCCCAAUAUAACCAUGAACAUGACCCACACUAGCCCUGCCAACAUCACCACCAAUCUGAUCAUGACCCCUCCUCCCAAUAUAACCAUGAACAUGACCCACACUAGCCCUGCCAACAUCACCACCAAUCUGAUCAUGACCCCUCCUCCCAAUAUAACCAUGAACAUGACCCACACUAGCCCUGCCAACAUCACCACCAAUCUGAUCAUGACCCCUCCUCCCAAUAUAACCACGAACAUGACCCACACAAGCCCUCCUAACAUCACCACCAAUCUGAUCAUGACCCCCCUCCCAAUAUAA